ACAAAAGUACAAAAAAAGGUGUGUAAUGGUUUCUCCCUUUACAUGUAAACCCAGUUAAGGUGACUGCCACAGGUGCUGAUCUGACAUUUGGAGAGCGAUUGCAAACAGGAGUGCAGCAGAAUGACGAAGAGCACUUUAAUCCUGAUUCUACUUGCCCUUGUUGAAGUGGCCGCUUCCAGCAAAAAAGAUACCAACAAUCGGGAAAAGAGGGAUGCUGUUCUUAUUCGAUCAAAGAGAAGAUGGGUUCUGUCCACUAUUGAUCUGGAAGAGAACAUGCCAGGACCGUUUCCUUCUAAAGUAACAACGCUGUUCAAUGACAAAAAGCAGGACAACACUGUCAAGUUCCGCAUCAGUGGAGAUGGAGUGACACGAGACCCAGUUGGUUUGUUCAGCAUUGAUGAAAACACUGGGACUGUAUCUGUACACCGGGCCAUCGACAGGGAAAUAAACCCCAUCUUCCAUAUUGACUUUGAUGUGCUGGACAGGCGGACUGGCAUCGCAGUGGACAAAACACUGUCAUUUAAUGUAGAAAUAAAGGACAAGAAUGACAAUAGUCCUCAGUUCACUCCGAGCACUAUCCGUGCAUCUGUUCCCGAGAACACUCCUGAAGGUGUAGUCCAAGCAACAUUACAAGCUCAUGACAUUGAUUUGAAGGAUACUCCUAAUUCCCAGUUCACUAUGACGGUGGUGUCACAAGACCCUGCCUCACCAAAAUUUACCCUGAAGGACUUACCUACCUCUACAACCAAACAGCUCGCCUUCACGGGAUGCUUUGAUUAUGAUAAAGCAAAACAGUAUAAAGUGCUAGUUGAAGCAAGGGAUCAAGGCACACCUACAAUGUCCUCAACUGCAACUGUUUUUCUGGAUAUCACUGAUUCCAACACCCAUCGCCCAGAAUUCAGUUCCGCCACGUACAACACUGAAGUGAUGGAAAUGGAAUUGAAGGAGAUCUUAAGAAUCGGCAUCAACGACAAGGACACACCGAACACGCCUGGUUCAAGAGCAGUGUUCUCCAUCCUGAAGGGCAAUGAGGAAGCAAAUUAUAAGAUUGAGACAGACCCCAAAACCAAUGAAGGUGUGCUGUCUGUUAUCAAGGGGAAGAAUUUUGAGAAAACUGAGACCACAGAGCUGGAGAUAGCAGUCGAGAACGAGGAGAAAUUAUUUCAGUGUGUUGAUGGAAAGCCUGUAACAGGCCCCACACCAAAACCAAACACUGCCAAAGUGUCCGUGAAAGUCAUUGAUAUGAACGAUGCCCCCGUGUUUAAGAAACAAGUAGAAAAAGUCUACCGCAAUGAAAACGGACCUCCAGGAGAUGUGUUGUUAGUGCCCGAGGUCAAAGAUGAGGACUCGGACGUCAGCAAACUCAGGUAUCAGUUAGUUCAAGACCCAGCCAAAUGGGUGAGUGUGGAUCCAAAGUCAGGAAAGAUCACAACAGUACAGAAGAUGGACCGUGAGUCUCCUUUUGUCAAAAAUGGCACCUACACAGUCGUGAUGCAUGCUAUAGAUGACGGACAGCCUCCAGCUACAGGCACAUGUACUGUAGUGGUCUACCUAGGCGACCAGAACGACAAUGCUCCCUAUCUCGUAUCUAAAAACGCGGUCAUGUGCGGGAACAAAGUCGAUCGUGUGGAUGUGAAACCAACAGACCUUGAUGACCGGCCGUUUGCAGGUCCUUUCUCUUUCUCUCUGGGAGGAGACGAAGAGCUGAAGAGUCUCUGGAAGCUGGAUCCCACCACAGGAACAAACACCUCUCUGAUAAGUUUGACGAGCCUGGCGUAUGGCAACUACUCAGUUCCUUUGAAGAUACAGGAUCAGCAGGGGCUGCAAGGAGAAGAUGUUCUUCAGGUGGUUGUGUGUGAGUGCACGGGAAUCAACACAUGCCGUGGCCGACGUCCUUUCUCUUCAAGUCUGGGUCCAGCAGCCAUCGGUCUCCUGUUUGCUGGAUUUCUCCUAUUGGCCUUGCUGCUCCUCUUUUGUUUCCUCUGUGACUGUCAAAGCAAGAAUUUUCAACACAUCCCUCUGAACCUGCAGGACGAGGGUAACCAAACCCUUGUCAAAUACAAUGAAGAGGGAGGAGGCUCAAUCUUUAAGCCUGAGUCAAUGUUUCUGAAGGAUGGCUUGAAAACUCCUUCAGCACCGCCUGAGUAUGCUGUUGAUGGAUACAGGAAGGGGGAAAACUAUACGAUGAAAAGCCCUGCAGGGUAUAGCUAUCAGUACAACUUCCAGGAAAUGCCCAGUGGUGCAGGAGUGAUGAGCGUGCCACAGCAAAACUGGUCAACGAUCCAAAGGGAAAGGGAAAACUUUAGGAAUGAAAGUCGCCAGAUGCCUCACACAUACAGCUUAGCACGAACAGAAAGGAACCUGGCUGAACACAUUGAGAGGAAAAUCAGCAGCUUUCCGGAAGAGCAGAGGGACUGUCCAGCGUAUUCCCCGUAUCAGUACGAAUAUGAGGGGAAGGGCAGUGACUGUCAGUCACUGGAUCAGCUGACUGUUAGCAACCUCGGAAAUAACCUGGACUUCCUGCAGAACCUGGGGCCAAAGUUCAACACUCUGGGUGGGAUCUGUCAACAGUCAAUGGAGCGCAGGAACGUCCGGCUGUGAAAGAGGGUGAUGAUUUGAGGCUUUAUAUCACGCCACAUUUUUACAAUGCUUGCUGAGCUUCAAAGGGGUUCCAGGGUUGUUGCUGUUUUUUUGCUGUGAUUUUUAAUUUUUGGAGACAUUGCUCUAGGCCAUUCUUGAAUUGAGCGCCAUGACACCUGUACAGGCACAGGAUGAUUAUGGAUAUAAGCUGUGAACAUCACAUCUUCCUGCCCUCAAGGAACUAUGGAAUACACUGUGCAUUUGUGCUUAUGAUGGAUGUGUAAAGAAGCAUGUUGGGGGCUUGGAAUGAAAACUUGUGUCUGCAUCCCACCAGCUUGUGUAAAAUAAGGCGGUUGGUGGCUUGGACUGUUGUAGUUUUGGCUGUGACCCGUUUGAUGGCCUGAUCAAAUCUAAAGAAACUUUUUUUUUAAUUAUUAUUCUGCAAACACAAAGCCACACAUCACUACAACAAUUUAUGCUGGUAGUGUUUGUCUGGACUUAUCAUUCACUUGCUGCCUUUAGCUGUCAUAUUGUUUUGUGCACUUUGACUUUGCACUACAGAAUCACUGCCAAAAAUGACAAUUCUAUCAUUUAUUCAUCUUCAUGUCAAUCCAAACCUAUACAGAAACUUAUGUCCACCACAGAAUAAAAUAUAGAUACAUUUAUUUAUUUUUUUACACCUGACCACAUGCUCAUGCUCUCGCAUUUCUGAGAAAAAAAAAUGUAAUUGUAAGAUUAAAAAGAAGCAUAUCUAUUAUGUGGCUAAAAUAGGCUAAGUUUCUAUACAAACCUUUUCCUUCUGUCAGGAUAUACAAAAAAAAAAAAUAAUAAUAAUAAUAAUAAUAAAAAUGCUUUGGAGGACGCUGGAAAAAUAAAAGCUUUGAUUUCCAACAAACCCAUUGACUGGACACAGUAUAUUUGUAUAUUUCAUAGAAGAAAGAAAAUCAUUUUUUUUUUUUUUUUUUUGAAAAAUGUGAGGGUGAGUAAAUAAUGACUGAAUAUUUGUUUUUGAAUGACUGGGCAUGAAAAAAAAAAAAUGCAAAAGUGAUAAACAAUGCCAAAGUUAUUUCACAGAACAAUAGGGAUAGAAAAUGAAAGUAAAGAUCAGUCAUUAUUCAACAGUAUCUGAGAGUCUGCCAGGUGGCAGUAAUGCAUCGUUUAUCAUCAAUACAUUCUUGGAAAUAACCCAGGUGAAGAAAGGCACUUUAAAUAAA